AAAACAGGGCGUGGCUCUGCACAUAAAAACACUCUCAUGUUCUACAGCCUGACAGUGAGCCGUUCUCCAGCAAACAGUUGGGCUUCAGUUCACAGAAGAGCACAAUGGAUCUUUCAGAUGCUCUUGGUGACUGGCCCUCUGGGGGCAACAACCAAUCAGGAGGUCCUUGGCCUGCCAACCCCACCUGGCAAGGUCAGCCAGCAACCAACCCCACCUGGCCCGGGGGUCAACCUGCUGCCAACCCCACCUGGCCUGGGGGUCAACCUGCUGCCAACCCGAUGUGGCCUGGGGGUCAACCUGCUGCCAACCCCACCUGGCCUGGUGGUCAACCUGCCCCCAACCCCACCUGGCCUGGAGGCCAAUCCGGAGGCAAUAGUAUGUGGCCAGGAGGGAACCCAAGUCAACCCACUGCACCUGGUUCAUAUGGACCUGAAGCACCUAUGCCAGCCGCACCUCAAAAGAAUCUUGCUGUUCCCUAUGAAGAGAAACUGCCAGGGGGAAUGUAUGAUAAACUACUGAUCACCAUCAAGGGAACCAUAAAACCCAAUGCUGGCAGGAUCACGGUGAACUUGUCUGCAGGCAAUGAUAUUGCCUUUCACUUUAAUCCUCGCUUCAAUGAAUCCGGAAAAAAGGUUAUUGUCAGGAACUCACUUGUCGGCGAGAAGUGGGGGAAAGAGGAGAGGGAUGUGAAGCAGUUUCCCUUUGUCCAGGGUCAGCCGUUUGAGCUGAAGAUAUUGUGCACCACCACAGAGUUCAAGGUGGCUGUUAACAAUUCCCACGUUCUUGAAUUCAGACAUCGGCUAACCAACCUGAGCUCCAUCAACACACUUGGCAUCUACUAUGACCUCACCCUUUCAGAUGUUCGUGUUGAGAAAUUGCAUUGAGAAGUCUUUGACAUUAUCGGAGAUGUACUAUAAAAAAGAAACAAACAAACAAAAGAUCUUUGGAGGUCAACUGCAAAUCUAUUUGAGAUAUACUGUGGAUCUGUUGGAAAUCUAAAAAGAAUCUUAAAAGAACAAAAUUUCUCUUAACCUACAGAAAACAGUCACAAAUACAUGAAAACCAAUUUUAGCACAGCUAAGAAUCAUAGAUCUAAGAUCUACCAGAUCUUUUUAAAACACAGCAAAGGCUGUCUUUGGUGGACCUCCAGAUUAUCAGCUGAUCUACAGUGAAGAUGAUUGUUUUUUCUACAGAACAUUUUUAAAAAGUCUAAUAAUAAUCCCAAGAGAUUCGAGCCAUAGACCAUCAUUGCCGGGGAUUCAGUGGUAAUCUCAGCAGAUUAUUCUGUUCAGUCUUUUUUCUAGAUGAUUUAUAAAAGUUCAAUCUAUUGUCAAUCGACAGACAUCGACAAUAGAUUUAAGUUGUUAAAAGUAAGUUGACUCAUACUGAAUAAAAUAAAUGGCUGUAUUGACUCGAUACAGUCAAUACAGCCCUGUUUUGACUCGAUGUCACAUAUGCAUCGUUUCACAUUUCUGUUAUGAAUGAUACACAUUUUGCAAAUGUGUUUUUCCUCAAUAAAAUGGAAUGGUUUUCCUGGUU